AUGAAACGACGACGUCCGGAUAUCAAGCUGCUGGUCUGCGUCACUGGACCCAAUCAAGCAUUUUCAACUCUCGUAUCAUCACCGGAAAAUAUUGCCCACUUUGCUGAUUCCUCUUACAAAUACCUCAGGCAGUUCUCUUUCGAUGGUAUGGAUAUCGACUGGGAGUUCCCGAGUUGGAGCCCGGAUUCUCGUAAAACAGACCGAAAUAAAUUUCCACUGCUGCUUAAGGCUAUGCGCGACAGAUUUGGCUCUUCCUUCAUGCUGACAGUAGCUGUCUCAGGACCGCCGACCAUAACAAGAGUAGCCUAUGACACCACAGCAUUCAACAAGUAUGUAGACUUGGUGCAAGUGAUGAACUACGACUUUCACAUUUUCUCCUAUGCAUAUCCAGUUGUUGGAUUCAACGCACCCCUGAGACGAAUAACGGCUGAAUUGGGCGUGAUCGGAGAAAUGAAUUCGGAAGCUUCAAUGACGACAUGGGCCAAAAUGGGUUUGUGGACCAACAAAACGAUUUUCGGAAUUCCAACCUAUGGCAGAGGAUUUCGUCUGGUGAACUGGCGCGUGAACAAACCAUACUCGUUGGCGACCGGACCUGUGGAUGACAUCAGUAAUUAUCCGCAGGUAAAUAGACAUAUAAUCUUUCCAUGCUUUUUUUAA